AUGGUUAAGGCCGUUGCUGUUGUCCGUGGUGACUCCAAGAUCACCGGAACCAUCACCUUCGAGCAGACCUCCGAGUCUACCCCUACGACCAUCUCAUGGGACAUCUCGGGCCACGAUGCCAACGCCAAGCGUGGCAUGCACAUCCACACUUUCGGUGACAACACCAACGGCUGCACCUCUGCCGGACCUCACUUCAACCCUCACAACUCCACUCACGGUGCUCCCACUGACGAGAAGCGCCACGUUGGUGACCUCGGCAACUUCGACUUCGAUGGCCAGGGUAACUCCAAGGGCUCUACCGAGGACAAGCUCGUUAAGCUAAUCGGACCCGAGAGCGUCAUUGGCCGAACUGUCGUCGUCCACGCUGGCACCGACGAUCUCGGCAAGGGUGACAACGAGGAGUCUCUCAAGACUGGUAACGCUGGUGCCCGCCCUGCUUGCGGUGUCAUUGGUAUCUCCAACUAA